CCAUCAAGGUCAGCACUGCCCAAGUCAUUCGAGUCAACUGGCGAUGAAAUGGGGGCCAACCAGUCCGUGGGCUUUCCACCUCUCACAGGACCCCACCACGUGGGCUGCGGGGAUGUGAUGGAGGGCCACGGUGUCCAGGGGAGCUUCUUUCGGCUCUUCUACCCCUGUCUGGAGGCAGAGGAGACCGUGGAGCAGCCUCUGUGGAUUCCCCGUUAUGAGUACUGCACUGGCCUGGCCAAUUACCUGCAGUAUAAUAAGCGCUGGGGAGGUUUGCUGUUCAACCUGGCUGUGGGUAAGAGCUGGCCUCACCCCGCCCAUGCCUUCCAGCUUCUCGGUUAUGGCGGGCCACUCGUCUGAUCACUUUUCUCUGUUCCUUCCUGAAUCUCCAGGACACUGUACUCAGCCUUCUGCAUGGAGCUGGCCUCCCGUGGCUUUGUGGUUGCUGUACCAGAGCACAGGGAUGGGUCAGCUGCGACCACCUGUUUCUGCAAGCAGGCUCCAGAGGAUAACCAGCCCGCUGAUGAGUCUCUGGAGGAGGAAUGGAUCCCCUACCGGCGAGUUGCAGAAGGGGAGAAGGAAUUCCAUGUUCGGAAUUGCCAGGUGCAUCAGCGGGUAAAUGAGUGUAAACAGGUGUUGAGGAUCCUGCAAGACGUCACUGCUGGGAAGACCGUCCUCAACAUCUUGCCUGGUGGGUUGGAUCUGAUGACCUUCAAGGGUAGCAUCGACACGAGCCGCAUGGCUGUAAUGGGACAUUCAUUUGGAGGAGCCACAGCUAUUCUGGCUUUGGCCAAGGAGACCCAAUUUCGGUGUGCUGUGGCCCUGGAUGCUUGGAUGUUUCCUCUGGAGCGUGACUUCUACCCGAAAGCCCGAGGCCCUGUAUUCUUCAUCAAUGCUGAGAAAUUCCAGACAGUGGAGAGUGUCAGCUUGAUGAAGAAGAUAUGUGCUCGGCAUGAUCAAUCGAGGAUCAUAACUGUGCUUGGUUCUGUUCAUCGGAGUCAAACUGACUUUGCCUUUGUAGCUGGUCACUGGAUUGCUAAAUUUUUCUCCUCUCAAACCUGCGGGAGCUUGGACCCCUAUGAAGGUCAGGAGGUUGUGGUGCGGGCCAUGUUGGCCUUCCUGCAGAAGCACCUUGACCUGAAAGAGGACUAUGACCAAUGGAACAAUCUCAUUGAAGGCAUUGGACCAUCGCUUACCCCAGGGGCCCCUCAUCAUCUGUCCAGCCUUUAGGCACAACUCGCCAUUUGCAAAAGGUCACUGAGCUGUGUUCCCGUUUGGGGCCUGCCUAGGGACACUCAUAGCCUCCUAUCAGGAAGUGGUCGACAUGGCCCCUCUUCACAGAUCAAAAGGAUGUAAUCACACUGCUGAUUGGAUAACUGGGUACUUUGAUCUUGGGCUUGUUAAUCUUAAAUUCACAGUGGGACUUGGAUCACUUACUGACUGGCACACUGACUUUCUGGGACCUGAUGGUGUGGGGAACAAGCAAUGAGGUGGGGCUGCGGUGCCCCCAUGCUCCAAUCUGAGCAGUAUGGGCGCUAUUAACCCGCAGCCUUGGGCCAGUGCGGCUUCUGCAGUGGAAGCAACAAAGCCAAAGGGGGGAGUGGAAAUUCCUGCCUCCAGGACCGUUAGCCCAACCUGGCACUCUCUCUUCCCGCCUCUCAAACUCCUCCCUCCCCAGGUCCACUUGGUGAGUUCUCAGCACUUCAGGUAACUUUCUAGGAUAUGGACUAUCAUCAGACUUUCUGUGUUUAUUUUUAAGCCUUCUCAAUGCAUGAAACAUAGUACUGGGCACUUAGGGUAAGUUAUCCUUGCGAGCCCAUGGAGGAGGGCAGGAGGCAUUGCCCUCACAGCACAGGAAGAGAAGGUGAGCUCCAGAGCGGGGCCUCAGCAGCUCUGGCUGUUGGAAUUUGGCUGAAAUUGUAUCUUGUCAGGAAACAACACAAAUAGGUUGAGGUAGAAAAGACAGAAUAACAGUGUUACGUAGGCCAUUCGAACACACUCUUGUCACCCGAGGGAGGUACAAUAGUUUGGUAGCUAGAGGUUAGGAGGCCACCCCUGGAAAGGCCUAGGAACACUCUGGGCUUGACUCUUACCUCAGAUCUCAUGAGGUGCUGUAAGCUGUGUUCAGAAUCAGGAUGCUGUAAGCUGUGUUCAGAAUCAGGGUGCUGUACGUUGUGGGUUUUCUGGCUCUGAGGCCCUAGCCCCAAAUUUAAGUCAAGAUUUGGAUUGAAUUUUCAUUCUGUUCCAUUUAUAAUAUGAAUGAUAUUAAUACUCAUGUUUGCCUAAUGAUAUGUUGGAAUAUUCUCUAUUUAAUCUGCAUUAGAGCAAGAUGGGGAGCCAUCUGGAAGGAACUUUUCCUUCUGUCUUUCUUUGUUCGCUUAUCACUUAUGUCCAUGUGAAAAAAAAAAUAACUUGAAAAGGAAAGGAAGUCUUUAAAGCUGCCUGGGAGCAUCAACCAGAAACACCUCUGUCCACUACUGCGGACUUCUCACCUCGGUCCAAGUCGAGGGCCCCAGAGGAGGCAAGAGCAAAAGAAAUGCGUCUCUACACAGUAGGUCCAAGGCCAGCGCCACCAAGCAAAUGGACUAGAUCUCCUGUCUGUCCACAGCUGUUCUUUCUAAGAGGUGAAGCAGCAGAUCCACGGAGGCUGUGAACCUUGGAAGAAUCUGAAUUUUAGUGACACGUAGCGUAAGGAGAAUAUCAUUAAAGCCUUGGGCUCUAGAGUUCGUUA